AUGGACGCGGUAAAGGCGUUCAACGCGGAGCUCUCUGCUCUCUACGAUGUUAAGCCACCUAUUUCAAAAGCCAAAAUGAAUUCGCUCACACGGGGAGCUAUCAAAGCAAUAAAAUUCUACAAGCAUGUUGUACAAAGUGUAGAAAAAUUCAUUCAAAAAUGCAAGCCUGAAUAUAAGGUACCAGGAUUGUAUGUUAUAGAUUCAAUUGUCAGACAAUCCAGACAUCAGUUUGGAAUGGAGAAAGAUGUAUUUGCUCCAAGAUUUGCAAAAAAUAUGCAAAAUACCUUUCUCAAUCUUUUGAAAUGUCCGCAAGAAGAUAAAAGCAAAGUUAUACGUGUACUAAAUCUUUGGCAGAAAAAUGCAGUUUUUCAACCAGAAGUUAUUCAACCACUUUUUGACCUAGCAGAUCCAAAUCACCCAAUACAUAAAGAGCAGCCAGUAAAUAGUAACGGUACAUUAAAUACAUCAGCUGGAAAUAACAUAAGUAAUAUGAGUGCGGUCUCAAAAACACCUCCAUCUGCUAUUAAAAAUACUGUGAAGGAUCCAAAACUAUUUCCACCUGGGAAGACGAUUGAUCCUGCAUGGCUUGCGCAAACGAAAGUGGAAACGGCGAAUUUAGUCAAUGCAAAUAAACUCUUGGGUCAAUCUAAUCCUAGCCAAGUGGACGCCUCUUUUAUUGACCAGUUGCAACAUUUGCAAGAACUAAUCAUGAAGAAGCAAGAAGCUAAUGAACCAAAGAGUUCUGUCAAGUUUGAUAAGAAACUAUUAGAUUUCGACUAUGGUGAAGAAGAGGAUGACGAUGUCGUUGUGACGAAUUCUCCAAACGCAGCCACUUCGACGAACACUCAACAUAAUGCAGUACCGACGAAUAACAGUUUAGGAAGUCUGGGGCUGUUACUUACGAAUCCUGAAGUUCUCAGACAACUGCAGACUAUACAACAAAGUAUGCAAAGUAAUGUAACAACUUCCUCUUCACAACAUGAGAUAGAAGAAAAGAAACGUAAACUUCAGCAAAUGAAACAGCAAGAGGAAGAGUUCGAUAAGCAUUUAGCACAAACUGUUUCUACCCUUCCAUUUGCAUCUGAGUGCGAGUUAAAACCUUCUGAUAUCCUAAAACCAAAUACACAAAAUUAUGCACCAAAUGUGAACAGCAAUAUGAUACAAGACAUGAGCCAACCACCACCUGGUUAUCCACCAGCUCUGCCAUAUACUUCACAAUCGUUAUCAAAUAUUAGGCAGAUUAAUCAAUCUACACAUCAAAAUCAAAAGAGCCCAUUGCUUGAUGAACGUCAAGAAACACAGGAUUAUUCUGGAAACAGUGCCAGACGUGAUAGUAGCAGUGUAGAAAUUGUUAAUUGUGAAAACACGAGUUCACAAAGUAGAUCGCCCGAACGAUAUCGACAUCAUAGUCGAUCUCGAUCCCCACGACAUCGAGACAGAGAUAGAGAUCGUGAUAGAGACAGAAAAUCCCGCUCCAGAAGCAGAUCACGACGAAGAAGAUCUCGCUCAAGAGACAGGGGUCGUGAUAGGAAACGCGAUGAUAGUCGAGAGAAGAUGACGGAAGAAGAACGAGAGAAAGAGAGAGAGCGACGUAAACGCGGUUUACCGCCAAUAAUUCGAGAUAAAUUGAGUGUUUGCAGUACAACACUUUGGGUGGGACACUUAUCAAAACUCGUACAUCAGGAAGAAUUGUCUGAUACAUUCGGAGAAUUUGGUGAUAUCGUUAGCAUCGACUUAAUCCCGCCGAGAGGUUGUGCUUUUAUAUGUAUGAAUAGAAGACAGGAUGCAUACCGAGCACUUACAAAAUUGAAAAACCACAAGAUGCAAGGCAAAGCUAUAACAUUGGCAUGGGCACCUGGAAAAGGUGUUAAAGGCAAGGAAUGGAAGGACUACUGGGAAGUGGAAUUAGGCGUCAGUUAUAUCCCUUGGAAUAAAUUAACUAACAUCACUGACCAAGAGUUAGAAUUAUUAGAGGAAGGAGGUAUGAUAGACGAAGAUACAUUACCACCCAGUUUAAAAGGAAAAUUAAAACACACAGGUACAAGUGCGGAGAUACAACAACUGCAACAGUUGCAAUUGCAGCAGCAAGCGAUGGUUGCCGCUGCGAACGCUGGUGCUCCUAUUCCUACCUUAACGGACGGUAUUGUGAAUGUCAUACAAUCGUCAGCUAAUUCGCAGCAACAGCAACAACAGCAACAACAGCAAUUAAUCGAUACCAGUCAACCACCACCGAUCAGACCGCCCACGUCUGCUGGGGCGUUAUUGCCUCCUCCGAACACGCAGUUACAGAUGAUGCCACCGGCAUUCACGAUGCCUGGAGUACCACGAGUGAUUAGUCAUAUGGGCAUACAGAUGACACAUGGAUUAAUGUCAAAUGUCCCAAUUGGAGUUCCACCACCUAACAUGCAAAGCUUAUUGGGACCACCUAGUAUGAUGCAAACAAUGCUAACUCCCUCGGUAAACCCGCCAUUUGGUACAGGUGUUGGCGUAGGUUUACUGACACAGAUUCCACUGCCUGCGCCUGCUGCACCUUCGGAUAAGCCGAAUUCCACCGGUAUGCCGCACAAUGUUCCACCGAUUGGCGUUCCACCACCCACAACAGAGACGAGUAUGCCGAAUUUGCCAAUGUUGCGUCAACCAUAUGGAGUAGGUCCGGUGCCUCCAAUGCAGAUGCAACUGCCUCAACAACAGCAUCAUUCAGAUGAUAUGGACGUGGAAAUGGAAGACGCGAUGCCGCAAAGCAUGAGCAGCAACGUGCCUAAGGAUAAACCGAGUCUCAGCGACCAGCUAAUUGCUGAAAUACGCUUGGAGAACGAUCAGGCUCGCGAGUAUAAAGAUCAGCGAGAUCGUGACCGGGAGAACAGGGAAAGAAGAGAUCGAAACGAGCGAGAUCGUGGCGACCGCAUGGAUAUGAACGAGUGUCGAAUGGAUCGUAGUAGAGACAGAGGUAGAGGACGUGAUCGUGGUCGAGACCGACGAAGAGACAAUCGUGAUGGUCGCGGGGACCGAGAAAGAGACGAUAGACGCGGAGAUAGAGAAAAUAGAGAGACCCCCAGAGACAACCGGGAAACUAAUGCUCCGAGACAUCCAGAGGGACUUGUUGUGCAGAAUCCAAGCAUUCAGGAGAGCGGCGAGGGCAUAGCGAAGAAAGAAGGCAAGCCCAGUCUAGCCGAUCGACUGCGACAAUUGGCAGACGGCACAUUGCCAUUGGACGACCGAAUGGAUAGAAACAUUCGCGGCAAUCGUGCUGAACGUAAUAAUGAGCGAAACGAAAGGAAUUUCGAGGAUAGUCCUGGUGGUGCAGGAGCCGCAGGAGCAGGACGACGACCUGCCGAUAUGCCGAUCUCGCUGAUGGAUCUUCCCAAAUUCGGUGCGGUACUGCCAGAUCGAACAGACUUUCCGCGUGGUCCGGCUGCCUUUGGGGGCGCACUUCAGGAACCACGAGAAUUCCAACAGCGGGUCGGUCUUGCCGAUCGCGAUCGUCAGAACUUUCCGACUCGCGGCGGUGGGCUCAGAAACUCUCAAAUGGACGAUUUCAUGGAUCCUAGAAUGCAGCCCGGUAUAUUCCCGGAGGAUUUUGAAGGUGGUAGGCUGGUAGGUCACAAUGGACCACGCGCCGAUGAACCUUUCCCGCCUAGGCUCGGUCCAGCCAGAGAAGAAUUUGACCGUGCGGAAGUGCGCGGUCGCCGGCCACCUGUAGAUGAGUACGAGCGUGAACGCUACGAAUACGACAUGAGACGUGACAACUUUGAUCCUCGGAUGCAGGACGGCUACGAUCCCAGAGGCCACAACGAGCGCUCUGACUUCGAUCCACGCAGACGAGAGUUCUUCGGACCAAUGGAACCUGUAUUUGGAAUACCACCAAUGAUGGGUCCCAAGGGUCCGAGAGUACCGGUUGGUCCUGAUGGAUUCGGACCUCGUGGAGCUAGAGGACCUGGUCCGUUAAUGUUUCAUCCGCGUGGUAUGGGUCCUAGAGGCAUGAGGCCGGGAAUGAGACCGCCAUUUGCACCUCGAGGCCCUUCAUUCGAUCCUAGAGAAGCAGAUUCCUUCUUCCGGCCACCCUUUGACGAUAUGCGCGGCCGUCCACAUCUGCGACCACCGUUCGGUCCAAUGGGUCCACCGAACAUGCUUGGUCCCGACGGACCGUGGAGAAAUCAAGAAGGCGUAGGACCGUCCACGUCAUGGUCCGGCCAAGAAAGUGGACCCGAUGUAGUUCACGGACAGCGGGAGAAUCAUCUAUCGAGGGAUAAGCAGAAGCUUACGAAGCAACAUCAGCAGGACUACAAAAAUAUGUCCGAGCGUGAAAAUCGUAAUCGAAAUCGCAAGUCCAGGUGGGGAAAUGUUAGUCCACCGCUAACGGACGCAGAUGCAGAUGAAAUACUGCCGUCGGAGGAGGGUGAGAGCAAAAUGAAGGCGGCUUUAGAUCGUGGCGAGGAACUCGAAACGAAAGACAACUUUGAUCACGAAGCUCCGUCCAUGGCUACCGUUGAUCAACCGAGUCAUCUGAUGCAGGACGAAUCGGCGGUGACUCAGGAGCAAGAUAUAAUGCACAGCGACAGAGAGAAUGAAUUAACUAACGUACGGAUCGACGAGCACGUCGGUGAGAUUACCGGUCACAACUACGGAAACGAUGGCAUUCAGGAAACCAAUCCCUAUGAAAUUAGCGCAGAUCACUUCUCCAGCGACGAUUUGACCUUAAAGCAGCGGGAUGAAAAGGAACAGUGUGAAUAUGGAACACUCAUUCCAGCUGAGGAUUCAGCGCAACAAAGUGCGGUGCAGAUCGAACAAAUAGGGCACGUCAGUGAAAACCAUAGUGCACAAUCGGUGGAACAGCAAGCAGAUUCGUUAUAAGAAAAAAGAAAAGAAAAAAAGUUCAAUAUUGAGGAAAAUUACCAAAGUAAAGUAUAAAGAAUCUUCAGCCAGAUUCGUGUAAAAUAUCGUUUAAAUCGAUACACGAUGUACAUAGAGACAUGAUGCAGCAAUAGAGCGUGCGUGGAAAAGAGAGGGAUAGAGAGGAGGGAGAGAAAGAGAGAGAGAAAAGAAAGAGGAGUGAAAACAAUUGUACGGACACAGAUUAUUGCACUCUGGAGUGGUGAGGGAGCCAUUGGGUCCAGUGAGUUGUUUUGAGUAUCUUUCAAUCGUCAGAGUAUUCGAUUGUUGAAUCCUUGAAUGUAAGUCUCAAUCAAGAUUUCAUCCUAAUUGAGACCUGCUGCUUGAAUAAUUGCUGUGAUAGUGAACACAGGACCGUUUAAUCCGUGUAGAUGUAUAUACAAAGAGAAAGAUUCAGUUUCUAUUCGAAAUUAUUCUUUAUCUCGUAAUCUACUUUUACUUUCUUUUUUUUACUUCCUAUUUCUCAAUAACAUCGAUAGCGUAGAAAAUUAUAUAUACAUACAUAUGUGUAUAUAUAUAAAUUAUCCGUAUAUAUAUAAGUAUAUAUAUACAUAUUCGGAUGAAUUCCAUUAUUGCCAUCUGUACUAGAUGCCGGUCAAUCUUCGUAGUUUUAUUAAGGACUUUCCUGUAGCUGAUUUUGAAUUAUCUUUCGAGUAUUGUACAGCGGGACAACAUAGUAUCUCCAUGCCCUAAGCAGGGAUUAAUUUAUUGAAUUGUACAUACUUUUAUAUUUUCGUAGCAGAACAAAUGAGUGAAUAAGAUGUUGAUUGCCACUGCUCAAAGAAUCAAAGGAGAAAAAGAAUAAAUAUUUUAUAUAUAACAUCUUUGAUAACAAAAGAAACAUGGCCUUGUCAUUCCGACGAUACGCGCGUAGCUCCCAUUCUCAAAGUGAAAAGAAACAAAUUAAAUCUACACGUGUAUAAUAUAACGAACUAUUCAUAGGCAUCUACAGAAACAUGUACAUAAUAUGAUUAAGAACAUCCAUUUUUCUCUUUUUUAACUCUGUUCAAGUGUAAAAUGAAUUCAAUUUCUUCUUGACAAUCGGGUCAAUUUAAAUAACUGGUUCUAUAUGUUCAAUUUUAACUCGAGGCAUUCAUUGUUUAAAUUUUAUGAAGGAGAGAAGAAAGAAUAAGAGAAAUUUAGGGCAAAACUUGUAUAGGAAAAUAAUAGAAAUUCACAAGCAGUAAAAUAUCGAUGUGUGAUUAUGUGAAACGAAAAAUAUUCAAGAAUUUUUGCGCGUAUACGCGCUUCCAUUAUUUAUACGUACACACGCACAUACACACAUCAGACUCGGCACACGUACAGACAACUUGGUUCCUGUGUUCACGCACGCACGCACAUAUUGCACGGCGCAGCGAUGGAAGACACGUGCUUGCGCUCAAACUGAGUGACAAGUGCAAGGUACUGUUCAAUAUUACUUUCACAUACCAUUAGUCAGGAAGAAUGUGACACUAAGAUGACUUAAAAAUGUCAUUAUUCGGCCGCACAUUGGCCCGCACCACUCCAGGAGGAAAUCUGUUGAUACAUAUAUUAUUAAAUUUAAUUACUGUGUAUCUUUAAUGAUUAGAGAAUAAUUACUUUACGGUUAAGAUGUGGAAUUGUGUUAACCAACUUCCAAAGUUGAGACGUCCCAAUGUCGUGUUCCAAUCAUUGGACUCGUCUGAACUUAAAUCUAACACUCAAUUCUGAAACUAACAUAUAGGUUCACUUUGCGCCUUUAUUGACGAAUAAGAAAGGAAGUGGAUUGUAAAAAAAAAUAAUAUCAUGGUAGACUUUUUAACGACUUAUAACGGGAGGAUUGUCAUUUCGAUAUAAAUAAUGAUGUUUGAUAUUUUCUCGUUAGAACGCAUGUAUAACUUUUCAAUUUACUUUGUGUUUACAUUAUCAUAAGUUUUUGUUUUAUUAUCGAGUAUGUUCAUAUGUGCGAGUUUUAUGAACAAAUAGAAUAUCUGUAUUUAAGAACAAAUACUUAAUGAACAUAAAUAUAAAUUGACAAAAUGUU